AUGCCGAAGGAUAGCUCUCUUGAAGCCCAUGUGACAGCUCCUAAGUCUGUUCGGGAUCUCCAAAAGUACUACCAAAAGCUGCCCGUCGAAUUCAUACCCGAGGACACACCCCACAUUCUCGACUUCCGGAACAUCAAUACGACAUCCCUCGAUACAAAUAGCUUACUGAAAAUUACUGAGACGUUAUCGUCGGAGACACUGGCUGCGGCAUAUGGAAAAUUUCUCGAAGUUCAGACGGAUCCGAUCGUUUUGGAACCUGUGAACGUCUACGAACACUCAUAUUUACCAGGUCUUCGAAUUCUCCCAUCUCUCCUGCCGAUACAAGCGCAAGAAUCUCUACUGUCGAAACUACUUCUCAGGGAUCUCUCAAAUCAGGAGCAUCUCACCAAUGUUCACCUACACUACAAUGUCCCAUACCCCGAGACAGAUAAAUCCUUCUUUAGUCUCCCAAAAUCUACCACCUUCAUACCUAAAGACCCGGAUGUCCACAAACCUUUAAGUGUAGAGGAAGUACUCGAGAAGAAACUACGGUGGAUGACUCUGGGUGGACAGUACGACUGGACUACAAAAGAGUAUCCGGAUGGGCCGCCUGUGCAAUUUCCAAAAGAUAUUCGACAUCUGAUCCAUAGACUCUUCCCAGCCGUUGAACCAGAGGCUGCGAUUUGCAAUACAUACUCUCCUGGCGAUACCCUUUCCACUCACAGGGAUGUCAGCGAAGAGGCUGACAAAGAUCUCAUCUCAAUAAGUAUCGGCUGUGAUGCUCUCUUCUUGAUAUCUCUCUCGCCCGAGUCCCAGGAUGACAAUGCAGUGACACCCACCAGCAGCACCGUCGCAUCCCCAAAACCACAACCACAAAAGCAAAACAAGAAGAAAAAGGGCAAAGAACCCCCUCCGCCGCCUCCUCCACUCGAUAACCACACCCUCGUAAUUAGAAUCCGCUCAGGGGAUGCCGUGGUAAUGGGAGGCCAAUCACGGUGGGCAUGGCAUGGAGUCCCCAAAGUAAUCGGAGAGACGUGUCCCGAGGAGCUCACUCGAUGGCCAAGCUUGUACGACCAUCAAAGCCCAGAAAAUGCUGACACAAUCGAUUGGGCCGGUUGGAUGAAGCGGAAGCGUGUCAACCUGAACAUCCGCCAGAUGUACGAAUCCAGCGGCCCAAACUGA